CACGAUUAAUCGAAAAAGGUUACCCCGAACUGGAGGUGGAUAUGCAAAAACAUCUGAACACAACUGAAGAGAUUGAUAUAGCUGAUUUAUGGAAAGAGGGUCACAAACAGUGUGACGGAAGGGACCCAAAUCCUAGUGUUCUAGAGGCUUUUAUGAUCUUCUUACAAAGGCUCUUUGUGAAGUUAUAGGGGCAAGACUUAAAGGAAUGGGGUUUAGAGUGACAUGUAAAAAGAUUACAACCAAUACCCACUUUAAUCUGAUCAUUAAAGAGUGUCAGGAAACCUGUAGAGCAAUGAAUGAUCGACUUAUGAUGUUAGAGGAAAGGAGCUCGAAAUGUGUCUGCGAUGAAGUCCCACACUAUCACAUGGCCAGUACUCCAGUUGCAAGCAACAACCAGGCUAGCACUAGCAGAGUUGUUCCCUGCCAUGAAAAAGCCUUAACUACUUACAGUCCCAGUCCUCUUAGUAGACCAAAUGAGGUGCAAGUGCCAGAGAAAUUUACAGCUUGCCAGUUACUAAGUUGGUACAAGGAUGGAGAGGUGGUGGAUGAUGCGGAAAUUAGUGAAACGGAUCCUUCCCAGUUCAUACAUGGGAACCCAAUAGGGUUUGGAGCCUACACUGUGCGUGUGAUGACUGCUCAUAUGGUUGGUUCUCAUGUCUACAAGCCGACUUCAAAGUUCAAUUAUGUUAAUGCUGUUGUUGGAAGUAUUAUCUCAUGGCCCAAGGAUCGAAUAGUGUUCUCAUAGACAUCUUUAUCUUCUUAAUCUUUUUCGAGUGUUCAGGAAACUUAACUUUUGUUAACUAACAUCUGUGUCACUGCCAUUUUUUAAAUGUUUGUGUUUAAAACUAACAGGUUAACUUGAAUGAAUGUGUUAC